CUGGUGAGGAGAUGGAGGAAUAGAAACUGAAGUGUUCUUUUGGGUUGUGGAACAACUUAUCACCAGUUCAAGGAAGGGGUUGUGGAAUGGCCCAGGAUACUACAGGGCCGACACUGGACUUCAAAUAUUGGUUGGAUAAAGCUGUUGAGUGGGGUCAAGCCACCACUUCGGAAACCCAGAAAGAUGUCUGCCUUCACUUGCCCCAGCUGCAGGAGUUUCUACAGCAGACUUACGACACUUUGAAACAUAUGAAUUCAAUUGUAGCAAUUCAGCAGUUCCCUUUAAUUGGCCAGCUACUAGGAAGGCUUUGUUGGAAUCCUUUUGUUAUAGGAUAUGAUGAAAGCCAGAAGACUCUGAUGUGGUGCUUAUGUUGUCUGUACAGCAGUGAACCACAGAACCCUGUGGAAUUGAAGGCCAACAGCUGGAUACGGAGUUUGCUGUGCCAUCUCCUUUCAUGUUCUAAGUGGGAAAGUAAUGAAGCUGAAACCAGUACAUUCAUAUCAGCUCUUGGCUACACAUCGGCAGAUUAUUACUGUCACUUAGUCGAAAAAAUGGUCUCCUCAUUAGUAACAGAACUCACAGGAAAUCAAUCUAAUGGACUUACCGUUCAAGGGAGAGUUCCAGCCAGUCGUGUGAAUGCUGUGUCAGUUUUCUGUCUCCCUCUUAUUACUUUGCCUGAUAUAACUCCACUGCUGGAAACUCUUCUUCUUUACCAUGGAGGUGCAUCAAAGGAAGUUCUGAGCUCACAGUUCCUGGAGGCUGUGAAUGAUGCCUUUUUAAAGAAGAAAAUCUCCCUUUCUGAAUCAGCUGUCUUCAGUCUCUGGCUUCGUCACUUACCAAGCCUUGAAAAUGCUACGUUACACGUUUUAGACCAGCUGGUUUCCAUUCAGAUGAAUUCACUGGAAGAAGUGGCUUGUGUCAUAAAAGAUUCGUUUCUGCCACAAGCAGCAAGCCAUCCUGCCAUUUUCAGAAUUGUUAACGAAAUCUUCAAGAAUGCACUGCUGGAAACUGAUGGAACUCCAGAAGUUAUGACCAUAAUACAGGUGUUUACACAACUCUUCGUUCAGGUUCACCAGAAUGAAAACAAGCAGCAUAAAUUUCCACUGAAGGCCUACUUCCCUCACCAUCACCAGCCCCUUGUAAUAGCUUUCCUGAGACGUCCUUUUGAAUUGCCAGCUACACACUGGUCUCAACACUUGACACACAUUUCCAAUAUGCUCAGAGCCUUAGUAGAAGACACAAACACUAGUUCCUCUGACCUUUUAGAAAUCUGGUUUUUGGUUGCUUGUUUUGGAGAGUGGCUGGAUAUUGCAGCAGAACAGUUGCUGAAGGCUGCUGUAGAACCAGAUGCUUUGCUGUGGCUGUUGGCAUUUUACUACUGUCCUCAGAAUGAAAACCAACAAAGGAUUCAAACAAUGACAGAAGCUCGAGCAGUCUACAACCAUCUAAUGAUGCUCUGCAACUCGACUACCCUUUCUGUCAGAGAUCUGCAGGCAGCUGUAAACAAUGUAACAGAUACAGAGCAAUGCUAUACCCAGCAUCUUACAACACAUCUUCUUACCAACUUUUUACUAUUUUCCUCCGGUGGACGUAUGAUUGCCCAUGAAUUUAUUUCCCAUAUUACUGAGACAACUGAUAUAAGCAAGGAAGUCCAUAGCCUUCUUAUCCGUACUGUGUACAGAAUUAACCAAAAUGGAGAAGAAAACCAAAAGACUGUGAAGCUGCUGAAUGGACUUCUUCAAAAAUUUAACAUUUAAAGUUUAGGUUUUUAACGUCAUCUCCUUAUCAAGCCAACAAAUCAGGUCUUUAAUCAGGUGUCAGCCUUUCAUGAACAUCUUGCAUUGCUAGUUAGCAAGGUUAGAAGAAAAAUCUAUCGUAGCAUUCUGACUUAAGGAUAGCCCAUUACUUUUUCUUCCCUCAUAUAUUUGAAAAUGUAUUUGUUUUGAAAUGUAGCCUAUUAGAACAUAAGAGAAAGUGUGAAAGAUGGUUGAAAACUUUGUUCUCAUCUCUCCUUGUUUUACAAGAGACCAAUGUCAUUUAAAGCAGCUUACUCAUCUUGUUGUUUAUCUGGCUGUGGAUCUAUUUUUCUCCCAAAUUACUCAUGGUUUUAUUAGCAAAUUGUAUCCAAUUGUUUGGUUGGUAAGUUGUUCCUAAAAUGUUUUGUUCUACAAUUCUGCUUUUAUAAGACUAGCGAUGAUCUCAAGUGAGAGUUAAUGAUUCAUGGUGAAUGCACUCCGUGUUCUCAGGAAACCAACAGUGUUUCCUGAACUCUUUAAUUCUUUUUGAAAACAUUUCCAAAAUAAAACUCCUCUCAGAUCUGGUAAGUGAUUAACUAACAGUACUGCAGCUUUCACAGGACAGUGUUCUCUCCAAUGUGCUCUCUCUCCAAGAGCUGGUCUCUGUCAACAGAUAGAAGGUUUCUCUCAGUAAAGCCUAUUUUCAGUGUGUAGAAACUGAUGCUGUUGUUUAUUUCUUUAAGAAAUCUUUUUCUAUGUUUUUUUUUUUUUUUCGUAGAGACAAAAUAGGGCAAACACAACAUAAGUGUAAGGAAACUUUCUAGUCUGAAGGCCAAAUUUCCUAAAGAAAGCAUACAGUCACAACUCAUCUCCUCCCUUUUCUGUGUCCAGAGGUACAGUUUGCUUGCUUACAUCUAUCUGUGUGUCAUUUGUCUGAUGAGGAGAACGUUGAGAGGGAAUAAUGCCUUAGUGUUUUACACUUAGGAAAGUACUUAUCCCAAGAAGUGUUGUGAACAUGUUUCUAGCUUAUCUAGACAACUAAGAAUGAAGAAUGGUAAUGGUAGAGCACCCUAACACAUUUCAGUCAUUUCUUCUCAUGUAUUACCUAUCUAGCUUUAAUGUCAACACUUAUGCUGUGUUCAAAGAUAUGCCUUGGUAUAUUAUUCUUGCAUAGAAUAUGGAGGUACGUGUCUUAAAUUACUACAGCUUUAUGGGUGUAGCAUUUGUUUUUGAGCAAGGGAGAAGAAAAACAAUGUUCUUAGUAUCCUUUGGCUGCAAGAAGUGGAAGAAUAGUCUGUAAGUGUUCUUACAAUUUUGUUCCCAGUGAGUCAUAUCAGACUAAAUUACAGAAGUUACGUGUCCUCUGAGUGAAUUUAUUAAUAUGGUUGUAAUAUUUGACUCCAGCAUAUGAAGACAUAAUAAAUAUUUAAUAUAAGCCUGUGAAGAACACUGCUUUUUCUCUUUUUGGAUUAAAAAUAGUUCUGAAUAAAAAA